CGACAACGGCGGCGCGAAGUUGAGUGCGGCACCUGUCCUGGAUGAAUCUCUUGGCCGAGGAGUACGAAUACCUAGAUCCGACGCCCGACGUGCGGUCGCUCUUCCAGGAGUAUGACGCGCUCUUCUUUGACGGUCUCCUCCAAGGAUGCGAAAUCAAGUGGAGUCCGCGCAUGACGUUGUGCGCAGGCCUGUGUAGCUUCCAACCCGCAACUGGGUUCUGUUCCAUUCGACUGAGUCAGCCGCUGCUGCAGCUACGUCCACGGUCCGACUUGGUCAAUACACUUCUCCACGAAAUGAUCCACGCGUUUCUGUUCCUCCACAGUCCCAUGCGAGACCACGAAGAUCAUGGGCCACAAUUUCAGUAUCACAUGCAUCGAAUCAACAAUCUCGCCCAGACGCGAAUCACUGUCUUCCACACGUUUCACGACGAAGUCGACACGUACCGCGUCCACUGGUGGAAAUGCAAUGGACCGUGUCAACGCCGCCCGCCAUACUUUGGCAUGGUUAAACGAGCGAUGAACCGCCCUCCUGGCCCCAGAGACUCAUGGUGGACAAAGCACGAGCAAGAGUGCGGCGGGACGUAUACAAAAGUUCGAGACCCGCCGCUGAAACCUCGAAACGCGCACAAGAUGGAGCGCAACGUGGCAAAGAAAGUCAAAAUUGGCAGCGUUGAGCGCCACCAGCCGUCGAUUGCCGCAUUCUUCCCUCCGCACGCGCCACAGCCUGCGCAGCCACCGGUGAAAUCGAUGGACAGCAUGGCGAGUACCGACACCACAGCCAUGGAAACCCCACUCGAGCCAGCGACGCCACUGGGCUCUGCUCAGCUUUGCCAUCGCUCGCGCACGGCUGUCCAUCCACCACCAACAGAGAUCCAACCAAAGGACGACGACGUCGUCAUCAUUGACUUGACGUCCAUGUCGGAUUCAGAUUAAAUACAUGGCCGAGGCGCGGUGCGAGCGCAUCCGCCAGCGACCGUCGUCCCCUUUCCUGA